CUCUCUCUCUCCUCUCUCUCUCCCUCGCUUGCUCGCUCGCUCGCUCGCUCGCCUGUCUUCAUGUCGUGGAUUGAUGAACGCGAAUCGCGUGUAAGCGCAGCCACCGCCGGGAGUCUGAGGAAUUCGCCUGGGCUGUUAAAGGGAGAGCUAAGUGAGAGCGCUAGCUCUACCUACCGACAGUGAGCAGAGCCGCCGCCGCGCCCGAGCCCGGAGCCGCCACCGAGGCCCCCACCUGCCCAGCCCCCAGCGCAGCAGCCCAGCCGGGAGCCAGCCGGCCUGGGGUUCGGUCCCGGGGGGAGGGGAGAUUCGAGGGUACCGGGCGGGGGAGCCGGGAGCCAAGGGGAGGGGGCCGCGGGUUUCAUGAACCCAGCAUGAGCUCCUACUUCGUCAACCCCCUGUUCUCCAAAUACAAAGGCGGCGAGUCUCUGGAACCGGCCUAUUACGACUGCCGGUUCCCCCAGAGCGUGGGCAGGAGCCAUGCGCUCGUGUACGGGCCCGGCGGCUCGGCGCCGGGCUUCCAGCACGCCUCGCACCACGUCCAAGACUUCUUCCACCACGGCACCUCCGGUAUCUCCAACUCGGGCUACCAGCAGAACCCGUGCUCGCUGAGCUGCCACGGAGACGCCUCCAAAUUCUAUGGCUACGAGGCGCUCCCCAGACAGUCCCUUUAUGGGGCUCAGCAAGAGGCGAGCGUGGUGCAAUAUCCCGACUGUAAAUCCUCCGCCAACACUAACAGUAGCGAAGGACAAGGCCACUUAAAUCAAAACUCGUCUCCCAGCCUCAUGUUUCCAUGGAUGAGACCCCACGCUCCGGGGCGGCGCAGUGGACGGCAAACUUACAGCCGGUAUCAGACCUUGGAACUAGAAAAGGAGUUUCUCUUUAAUCCUUAUUUGACAAGAAAGCGCCGGAUUGAAGUCUCUCACGCCCUGGGACUGACCGAGAGACAAGUGAAGAUCUGGUUCCAGAACCGAAGGAUGAAGUGGAAAAAAGAAAACAACAAGGAUAAACUGCCUGGAGCACGAGAUGAGGAGAAGGUGGAGGAGGAAGGGAAUGAGGAAGAGGAGAAGGAAGAAGAGGAAAAGGAGGAAAACAAGGACUGAGCCAAAAGAGAAAAAGCCCCCCUUUUAGCAACUCCCUUGAAGUUUUGUUUUAUGGUAGCAGAUAAAUUGAGAAGUUUACGACUGUCAUUUGCUUUUAUAGAGAAUAGAAUGACACAACUCUAACUACCUGUCAGAUACUUGCAGCUCUGCUUUUAUUACCUUUGCACUUCCCUCUGUCUUUAUUUGUUUGGGGGCUGGAGGGGGGAGACAGACAGCGAAAAGUUCCAACACUGUUCCACUCCCUGCCCAACACACACCCACUUAUUCCUAUUCCCACCUCCUGAGUCCUUCCUGGAUUUUAAAGUCUGACCCCCCCCAUUUCUCUCCAUACUCCCACCUCCGUGUUCAUCUGAUAUUUAAAGGGGAGCCCACUCAAGAUCCAGAAGAGGACUCCUGACUUUGCUUGUAUGCUAGAAUUAGAGUACUGGAUUUACUCUCUUUUUUUUUUUAAUGAAAGGAAAGAAGAAAAAUGAAGAAAGGAAGGGAAAAGAGGAAAAUUUAAAGAAAAAAAUAAAAGAUAGCAAGGAAGGUCCCCUCCCCCUCCCUGGGCUCCCUCUUUAGAAAACCUCCUUGACUUUCUUCAGGAACCUGAUGGGGAUCUGAAGGAGAUGUGGGUCUAUCUACCCCCUGCCUAAGGGGUCAAUAGGGGCCUGCAGUGGUCUCUAAAAUCCUACCUAGCCAUCCCAUACUCACUCGGGCCCACACCUUCCUUGCCUUUGCUGUUUGAUUUCUGUUCUUUUGGGCCCGCCUUCCUCUGAGCUGCAUUAGUGUUUGUGCUCAGAAAUCACCAUAAUCAUGAAAAUAAUAUACCGAUAUUAAAUCUCUGACAUACUACCUAAAGGGAACCUGCAAUAAUCUUGAAAAAGAAAAGAGAAAAAAAAUUCCUACAACAGGAGGAAAAAAAAAAGAAAAAAAACUAAAAAUGAAAAAAAAAAGAAAGAAACCUCCACGUAUUUUAUCACUACCUAUAGAAAGAAAUCCUGCUUUGAGAGUACUCGUAAUGCGGUUUUAUUGUGUUUGUUGCUGCUUAUUUCACUAAGAAAAAACCCAACAACUGAGACUGCCUAGCCCGCCGGUCUUGUGCGCUUUUAUUGUGCUUCUAACCCUAGUAGAAUAGAACUGAACUGCACUGAAUGUAUAGUUAACUAUGUCUUGAAUUCUCUGUUUAUGCAAUGUGCUCGAAA